GUGGAUGUGAUCCUGACGUGUGUUAGGACCCUGCGGGAAGGUGGAGCCUUCAAUAGUCCUGAUCAAAAGCAGGUUGUGGGGUAGUGCUGCAGUCGGGAGGGGAAGAGACGGGCACGAGGGUGAAUACAGAACUUGGAGAAAAUGUGAACUGGUUCAGCACCGUGAGGAUUAAAGGUUCAAGUUGGGAGGUCUGAAGUGCGCCUGUGGAUAUACCUAGUUUUUAAUUGGCUGCUGGAAUGGACCAAGUGUGACCAUAGAGGAUUUAGAGCUCAAGGCCUUCCUGUACAUGAGUGCCCAUGGCCUCCGAAAGUUCCAGUGGCGCUCAGUAUGCCCUCACCGCACUGGGGGUUGGCAUGCUUGCCCUGGGAAUCAUCAUGAUGGUUUGGAGCGUUGUGCCAGGAUUUGGAAAGGGCAACACAACUCAAGGCGGGAACAGCAGCUCCCCAGCUGCUGAAGCAUCAAAGAGCAAAGUGUCCCAGGUGUCCUACAUACUGUGUGCUGGAGGAGUCAUCCUGCUGAUGCUGUCAAUCUGUCUGAGCGUCCGGGAAAAGAAGAGGCGCGGAAGACGGGAGGAAGUAACGAGUAUUCAAUACGAGUCGACCAUGUUGCCAGACGGUGGUGUAGACAACAGGGAGCGAUUGGCUGUGCCGAGCUACGAUGAGGUCAUGCAGGGAGAUGCCAUCCAGCCAGCAGAAGGGCCUGGCGCCAGUCUGGGGGACCAAAACAUGGCCUCCCUUCCAUCCUACGAGUCGCUUGUCGAUGUUGGCACGGCGCCAUCUGCGGACACAGGAGCCAGCGCACAGCCGGGGAACGAGCAGCCACCCCCCCGCCCAGGCCGGCGAUUCAGCUCCAAAAGGAUUCGUCGGAUUCUGUCCGACAAAUCACAUCUCAAAAAUUUUAGACUCCAUCUAAGCAACCUGAAUAGCACUGUCGUUAACUUGGAGCCGCUUACCCCUCCCCCACAGUACGAGGACGGAGUGGAAAAAAGCUUUGAGAACCUAAAGCCAUCCUGAGUUGGCGCCAAUGUUAAAAUUGCCAAUUGAGGAUCUUUAGUUAUCGACUGUGUCUCUCGAGAAUCUGAUGGAUCUGAUCCACCUGCACGUUAUGCAAUAUGUGAACACUUGCUCUAUAUACCGGAUUCCACAGCUCCUGGAAUUACUUCUGUAGUUUAAGGUUAACCCAUUCCUGUCCAUGAAAGUAUGUCACUCCCACUCCACUGGUAUGAUGCAGAUCCUAAAAGUCUGUAACUAAUGGACGGAUGAGUUACUCUAAUUACUGCCCUGUGUACGUCCCAGUGCCUUCAUGGACAGCAGCCCUGCCAUUUGUGGAGCCUGGGUGUAAAGCAAAUGGAGGAGGCAAAGGGGUCCAGUCUCUCCUUAUAAGAACUUGAAGACACCCCAGAGUGGUCACUUUGCUGAGGUAGUGCAGAACCUCUAGCUCCACGAGAACUCCAGGAAGAGCUGGCGUCUUCAGUGGAGGGGGGACUGGAGUGGUGGGGGUGGGGUUUGUACUAAUGGUGCUCAUUGGCUGCGCUGCUUUCCAAGGCACUCCAUGUCUCUCUAUGUGAGAUCAGGGACCUUAAGGUGAUUCAGCUCCUGGUUUUGAAUCCAAUCAGAAUCCAGUGAGGAGGGCAAUUUCUAUUUAAAAAUUUCUACCUCUUUUUUUUUUUAAACGAAUUGAUCGAUUUACACACAAAGGGAUAAUUUUGGUCCAAAGCUGGUCCACCUGGCAACUUGUUGAAACUGUUUCAGAAAGGGAUCAGUGCACUUAAUAAAUAAUCAAUAAAUAAAACCUUAAACGAUGGGCAGCAACAAUCUCUGCCCUGUAAGCCUGCAUUUAACGGAACCCAUUCCAUACGUUGAACUGCAUCACGUUCCUAACAAUUCUAGAGAAAACUGGACUAACAUUUACACUGAGCAGGACCACCGAACCACUUCAUUCGGAAUAAUGAAUGCCCCAAGGGUAGAUGGGAGUCCUCUUUUAGUGAGAAAUUUGAAGAGUGUGGUGUCUCCUCAGUCCUUCCCCAAUCAGUAGCCUAUUACCAAAGCCAGGUUGCCAGGCCCCUCUGUUCAAAACCUAAACUUUGUUGCGCAGUUCAUUAAAUGGAUGUUUUCCCAAGAGGACGUCACCCCUUUGUACCAUAACUAAACCAAGUUUGCAGUGUCAUAUGAUGAAAGUUCAGUUAAAUUUGCAAAAGACACCAAUAAAAUUGACAUUUGGCACCAGUGGGAAGUUGGCAAUAGCAGCCUGAUUGUCCUGUCCAUUAUGCACCGUCUCACUUUCCUAACCACUGCCAGUGAAAGUCAAAACGGGGCAGUGUAUAACAGAACAGUUUUACCACUGCCGAUUGUUUAAAAAUCUCAUGUAGAGCCUGUUAAUCUCGUGAAUUUUAUUAAACAUUUCGUGUGAUAUUUAUAAAAAUGAAAACUGAGGGGGGAAAGGUAACAAUCUGUAGGUUGCUUGUACAGUGCUAACAGGGGAAAGUUGCAUGUUGACUGUGCCCCUCAUUUUAUAAGGUAAUUUUCUCCCUUUCCCAACACUAAUUAUUUCCUGGUAGUUCACUUAGUGUGUGUGGGGAAAGGACUAGGCAAAUGUGCUCAGUCCCACUGUUUUAAGAAUAUUUUUAUUUCUGGCCUGUCCAAUGUCUCCUGAAAAUGGGAAAUGACUUCACUGCCAUUUUGAUUUAUUCGCUAGCAGUAUUUGUGUGAACUGUCUUCUCUCCGUUCCUAGUAAUUCCCAUUCUAUUGAAUUGCAGAGAAGUCAGCCAACUCCACAUCACUGCAGAACAGACCAAUGCAGUUACUCUCCUCUUGGGCACAAUGCGCUUGUGCUGCAUAUAGGGGCUAUAAGUGCCCACUAAGCUUAACAUUAGUAUUGAACCACUUGGGGAAAAUCCCAUCUAUCACCACAUCUUGUCAGACUGCACUUGCCCUAGUGUUAGACUGCUCACAAUGGUCUCCAGUUCAACUUUGGAACGAUAGAUUCCAGAAUUGUGCUAGAUUUUUAAGUUUCACAAUUCCCAUGGUUACUUUUUGCUCAAAGUUCAUCUAUUCCAGCAGUCUGGAAUCUUACUCAUUCACUCCUAUCGCAGAUAAUAAAACCCACUGAUUUAAAACUGAGCCAAUAGAAGGCAGGUCCCUCACUUUUGAUUCCCUGAUUUGGUGAUCUUUGAGAAACCUUAUUUAUAAAUAAUUUUUAAUUUACCUUUUUGAAUCACGGAAUUAACUGGACUAUGGCAUAAGGAUUUCAAAGUCAUUUGCAUUUUUUUAUUUCCCCUCUAAUGUCUUUCUGGGAAUUGGUGGCCUAUUUCAGGAAUCUGAUGUUUUGGAAGCGGGAUGGAAAUUGCAAGUGUUGGGCAGUGGGUUUUGGGUUGAAGUAUCCUGGUGGGAAGUCUUGGAACAGGUUGGCUCUCGUCUCUUAUUAUUCCAGACUAGAAAAAGGGCAGGUUCCUAUUCGGAGGUACAAUCAGCUGGUAAAUGGUGCCAGUCACUAGCUGGGACUUUGCCACCGCAGGUCUCUGAGGUCAUUGCAGGGUGUCCGCUGCUAUAAAGGUGGAGGAAGAAAAAUUGUAAACUUUGUUUUUUGACGGAAAUCUUAAAGACUCAAAAUGCUUUUCCUUCAGAACAUUCUCCUUCACUCCUAAUGAAAUCUAAAUGUGGUUCGUUGGUGCACCUUUCAGCUGGAUAAAAUCAGUGUCUGCUUUGGUGACUGGAAACACUGCCCCAUACCCACCUGGGCUCCCAAGUCUGAAGUUGUUGCACAUGUUGCUGCGAUGUAAACCUCUCCUGACUCUGUUCCGAUUGCCCCCGUGGGGUGUUGAUCCUUCUCCAGUCUGAACGGAAAACCCUUUGCUUCUCACCAGUAUGCUAUGUGAAAUCCCAGCUUAUGAUUGCUAUCCAAAUGCGAUCUGACCUCUUGCAGGCAGCAUCCAUAGGAUUGUAAAGCCAGUGUCUGCUCGGUUAUUGAUGCAGGUGCCAAUUUGACGUGGGUUUUUUUUUGUACCAAACUCCUAACCAAGCAUGGGUGAAAGGAAUGUUUGAUUUUAAAUAACUGCACUUGGGAGAAAUGUUCAGUUUCUUUUAGUUCUUUAUAUUUAUUCAUUUAAUAAAAUGUUUGGAAAAA